AGCCGUGUUCGCAGCGUUAUCUUUGGAGUCAAGAGGCGCGUGCCCGCGAAUUACACAGGCACUCAUCACGGCGCGGUCACGAGGGCUACUUCUGAGCGACUUUCAGAACAUUGGGAAAAGUUUGUAAAAUACGGACAGGGAACCAGAGAAAGGCAGCAGAAGAAGAGACGCUGCUCGGAACCAGUCCCCGUCAUGGACGACCUAGACGCCCUGCUGGCCGACCUGGAGUCCACGACCUCCCACAUCUCCAAGCGCCCCGUGUUCCUGGCCGACGAGACGCCCUACUCCAUCCCCACCGGAGGCCACUCCUACCAGGAUGUGUCGGCGCCUCCCCCGGUGCCCCCUCCCCCCUCCACAGACGCUCUGAACGGCUCCCUGGUCGAGCCACCGGACUCCCGUCACUCCUCCCAGCAGUCCUUAGGUUUGGCCAAGACAAACUCCUGGUCCGGGGACAUCAGCCCCCCACAGUCUCACAUUGAAGAGGAGCACGUCUACAGCUUUCCAAACAAACAGAAGCCGUCCGACUCGUCUGCAGCAGCCAUGACCUCCGCCCUGGGCAAUAACCUGUCGGAGCUGGACCGGCUACUGCUGGAGCUCAACGCCGUGCAGCAGAACUCCCCCUCCUUCCCCACCACAGAGGAGGCCGCGCCGCCCCUGCCGUCCUGCAGCAUCACCCACUACGAGAACGGCGGCGCCCCGGAGAUCAGGGUCAGCGCCCCGCCGCUGGACAAGCCCAAGAGGAACGGGGCGCGGCCGGACGAGGGCCGGCCCGGCGUGGAGGAGCUGCUUGGCGGUCUUGAGGGAUCCGUCCCCGUGCCCGGCCCCAGGCCAUCUGAUCUUCACAGUGAGUUGGACACACACUCUCAGCAGCAAGCUCGGAUUUCGGCCUCCUGUGCGACGCGAGAGCUCGAUGAACUCAUGGCUUCCCUCUCUGACUUCAAGCCUAGUUCUUUGGGCCCUGGGCUAGAUCAAACGGGGGCCUUUCCCUGCUCUAGCCACUCUCCGGUGUCUUUCUCUGUCAGCCCUGUGGCUUCCCCCUCGCCCAGCCAGUCCCAUACGUCUCCCUGGCCCUCCUCACGCUUCUCCAUGCCCACAGGCUUCGAGCUUCACAUAGACGAGGAGGGAAGGGACAGCCGUAUAUCUACAAAUGGUCGACACCCCUUCCCUUGCCACAGUCCAGUCUCCACCCUCUCUACGGCCAGCGAGACAGACUUUGAACCAGACUUUGACAUCGAAGUGUCAGCCAACAUGCUGUCCUCCCAGCUCCGGUCUCUGGUGGUUCUCACCCACGGAGCGAGCAGCAACAACUCGUCCAAUCUGCUCAGAACCAGCUCCAGUCCCUCCACCACCCCGUCUCUGACCUCGGUCAACACCGUGCUGGACCACAAGUCCUCCAAGUCCUGCAGUCCCUCUGCGGAACGCAUUUCCCCCAGUUCCCCGUUUGCCAAGCACCACUAUGAACAAGACACUGCAGCCAAGGGGCCCAACGGCUGCAACGACCUCAACUUGGGUUACUACCACCCAACCUCUAACCACAACCUGUCGUCUCCCUCCUCUGGGCCCAAGACGCCCUCCCCUCAGCCGGCCGUCACACUUUCUCCUUCUCCCCCGCACAUCCUCUCUAAAACGGCUUCCCCCUCCCCGGUCACCUCUGUGACGGCACACUCUCCCCCUACGUUCAACUGCUCGCGGAUCCCCAGCAGAGAGCUGCUGGGACCCACCCUGACGGCCAACAGAGUAAGCCCCCAGGGUGGGCCUCAUACUCCCAUGUUGGACCCCUCCCUCGACGAGGCUCUGGACAGCCUCCUGGCCAUGAGUUUCCCAAAGGACAUGCCGAGCGAGAUGGACGACCGCUGCCAGAGCGGAUUGGUCUGCGAGGUGCAGGAGGACCCCAUCCUGCCCAUGGACAGGCACAGCAUGCAGCCCGACAUGUUCGCCGGCAGCACCACCACCACCACGGACGGCUCGCUGUACGGGGGCAUGGACGGCCACGGGGACCUGGAGUGGGCCGACGAGGAGCUGUCCGUGUCCCUCAACGACGGCCUGGACGGCACCAUCACGCCGUACACCGAGAGGCCCUACACCGACGGCAGCAUGACCCCGCUCACGGAGGCCAGCUGGAUGGACGAGUCCAUGACACCUUCCUCGUGCCCCGGCACUCCCGACGUGGCCUUGGACCUUCCUCUGAUGCAGCCCGCCACUAUGGAUCGCGUUUCCGCCUCAGGACAUCUCAAGUCAGUCAUAAAGCGUACCAAAGAGACGGCCAACGUGCACCCCGUGCUCAGAGACGGCCUCCUGCGGAGGAAAGUGGGGCCGGUCAUCGUCAACAAGAGCAACUCCCAGGACCGCCUGAUCGAGGAGCUGCAGGGUAAGCUAGGCAUCGGCCGCGCUGAGCGCCGCCGCAAGCAGCAGGACGACUGGCUCACAGAGGGCGUCGUCGUCAUGUCCAAACCGCAGCGGUUACGGAUGGACGGGGCGGCCGCGGAGGUGGAAAAGAUAAUAAUCGCUCGAGAUUUGCUCAUCCCACAAAGGAAAGCGUUCCCGCCUACUUCCCCCCCGGCCCCUCGCCGCACCCCCGCCGCGGAAGAGCCCCCCAAGAGGCUGCCCCCCGCCAGGCACCCCCCGGCUCCUACCCCUCCUCCUCUCCCGCCUGCCACGUCCACCCACUCGCACUACUCCUACGACCACGAGCCCUUACACAGGGCCAUACCGGCUCACCACACCGUCAAGCCCUUCUCCUCCCCUGUAAUGCAGCCCCCAGCCCCAGCCCCAGCCCCAAAGCAACAACCCCCUCCCUGUGUUGUCAGACCCCUGGCCACGCCUCCACACCUGGAACCCGUGCCCGCGGUCGUCCCAAAGGUGCUGGUGUCCGUCGGCUGUCAAACCGAAUGCGACCCCAUCUUCCCUUCAAUGCAGAUCAGUGCUCAGGGGAAGGGUAGUGGGCCUCCCACCACUCAGGUGAACAAACUGGACAACAUGCUGGGGAGCCUGCAGUCAGACCUCAACAAGCUGGGGGUGCAGACGGUGGCCAAGGGGGUGUGUGGGGCCUGCAGCAAGCCCAUCGUGGGGCAGGUGGUGACGGCCAUGGGGCGCACAUGGCACCCCGAGCACUUUGUGUGCACACACUGUCAAGAGGAGAUCGGUUCUAGAAACUUCUUUGAGCGUGACGGGCAGCCCUACUGUGAGAAGGACUACCACAACCUCUUCUCCCCACGCUGCUACUACUGCAAUGGACCCAUUCUGGAUAAAGUGGUGACGGCGCUGGACAGAACAUGGCACCCUGAACACUUCUUCUGUGCUCAGUGUGGAUCCUUCUUCGGACCCGAGGGUUUCCAUGAGAAAGAUGGCAAGGCGUACUGCCGGAAGGAUUACUUCGACAUGUUCGCCCCCAAGUGCGGUGGCUGUGCCCGAGCCAUUCUGGAAAACUACAUCUCCGCACUCAACUCUCUCUGGCACCCCGAGUGUUUCGUCUGCAGGGAGUGCUUCACCCCGUUUGUGAACGGCAGUUUCUUCGAGCACGACGGGCAGCCCUACUGUGAAGUGCACUACCACGAGCGGCGCGGCUCCCUGUGCUCCGGCUGCCAGAAGCCCAUCACGGGCCGCUGCAUCACCGCCAUGGCCAAGAAGUUCCACCCGGAGCACUUCGUCUGCGCCUUCUGCCUCAAGCAGCUCAACAAGGGCACCUUCAAGGAGCAGAACGACAAGCCCUACUGCCAGGGCUGCUUCGUGAAGCUGUUCAGCUAGAGAGGAGGUGGGAGAGGUGGGAGAGGAGGAGGAGGAGGAGGAAGAGCAGCAGCAGCAGGAGGAGGAGGAGGAGGAGGGGGGGGAUGGAGGGGGCGACAGAAGCGCAUUCAGAAGUUGAUGUGAUUCGUACGGAUGGCAUUUUUGAAUAUGAAUGGGGUUGUUUUGAGUGCAGACUUUGGAAGUGUAUAUGGUAUAAGUAUCUGCAUGUAAUUUGGGCAGUACACCAUAUGCUUUUUGAUAUUUAUAGAAUAAAAAAUAACCUGACCCGUUUAUUAGUAGCGGUCAUACACUUUGAAAGCUGGGGCUGUUACACAGGCUAAGCGUGGCCUCAAAUGGGUCCGUUUCUCUCUUCAGUGGAACGCAAAUGUUUAGCAGGUCCAAACCUGCGGUUCUCCGAGGGGGGGGGGGGGGGGGUUAGAACAUGGAGGUUUAUCUUGAUGGGGCUGAAGCUUACCAACACUGAAGCUGCACGCACAAUGCUUGGCGUUUAAAGCUUGUUGCUCACUGGUUGAGUGUGAAUUUUGGAAUUCAUUAUAGAAUAACUGUUUAAACAUGAAUUGUUUAGGUUGUAUGUAACGAGAUGAUACUAGCCAAGUGGUGAAGGGAAUUAUUUUCUGAUUGUUUAAAAGAUUAUAAAUAUGGACUGUGACAUUCUGAUAACAGACUGAAAAUAGGAGCUGUUGUAUUUAAGAUCAUCUAUAGGUCUUCAAACUAUAAUGGAAUCAAUAACUUGGUGAGGAAGUUGAGUUAUUUUUUAGAAGUCAUUAUUCACGCCCCAAAAUAAUCAAUCCCAAUUGACCGUAAAACAAUAUAUACAAAUAUAUCGUGCAGUGAUGGCAUUCUUCAGGAUACUGUAAAUGUUACAGAGACUAAUCUAAAGUCACGCCUUUUCAGUCACAGAUCAUUCCCCGUCCGUUGCAGAGAUGCUAGAUAGAAUUCUAAAAAAUAUUCCUCUGAGCUGCAGUGCAGUCGUAGUUUGUCGCGGCCUGUGAACCGAUCAUUCAGUACGAUACUGGACUUCUCUGCUUCAUACUGGUAACACUGGGAGUGUAUUCUAAGAUCAAAUGUAGCUUUGGCUCCUCCUGAGACUAGCUGGUCUAACUUCAAACUGACUGAAACGCUCAAUAUUUUUUUACUUAGUUGAUAUAGCUAUAUAAAUUACGACUAACUUUCCAGUUGAAUGUUCUGUGUAGCAUGUGCAUCUAAUUAAUAACCACUCGUUAGAGAGGCCGACGGCCUCCAGGAGUAUUUCUGUUUUGUUUUUAUCACUGUAUUGAGAUGCUGGUGAAAUUGUUUUUCUAGGACAUUCACAAAUCAACAAGAAUAAGUAUGCAAUAUGAAAUACUCCUUUGCCAUUGCUUGUUAACAAAAGAUCAAUCUUUCAGAAAUCAAGCUUGUAUCUAAUUUUAUUUUCUGUGCCAAUGUAAUGUCUUUUAACACUGUUAUAACCAGCAUCACAGAUGACCUUCAUAGUCUCGAUCAUUACAUCUGUGACUUCACUCAAACAUGUAAACAGUUUAAAUAAAAGUCUGGUGCUCUCUCAUGAAAGGACUUUAGACUAAUUUGACUCUGAGUAGUAACUACUGUUUAGCCAUAACGGCUGGAAACGCAUCUGCAGAAUUGUUACCUGGUUUAACCUUGUAAAGCAAUAUGUAUCAGGCCUCAUGACUUCAGGGAAUAAUAGAGCCGUGCAUCUUAUAUCAUAUUAAGUCUGUCUAAACUGUCUGCUUUAAUAAUUGAAGUACAUGCUAUUUAGCCAAAGCCAUAGAUAUUUGUCAAUUUUUUCCUGUUUCUGUUCCAAUUUCCUCUUCACAACUUAAAGAUGUCCUAUUUAGGGAGCUGACUCACUGCUCGCCUGAUAAAUCAAAUAAAUACGUUUUGGUAACAAA